CCUGCUGCUGCUCUCCUCGCUCUCCUGCUGGGCUGGCAGCGCCGGUUAUGAUGUCCUGAGUUAUACCAUGGAAACUAAUGACAAGUGGCAUGGGAGAAAAGUACUUCAAGCAAUUGAGGAGAAUGCCACUGAAAUUCCAGAGGAUGAUGAGCAUCAGUACAUCAAGAACUGCACUGAACCAGCUCUCCACGAAUUCCCCAGUGACAUCUUUACAAAUGAGGACCGAAAGCAUGGAGCAGUAGUCCUGCAUGUCCUUUGUGCUGUCUAUAUGUUCUAUGCUCUGGCAAUUGUGUGCGAUGAUUUCUUUGUCCCAUCAUUGGAAAAGAUUUGUGAGCGCUUGCAUCUCAGUGAAGAUGUGGCUGGUGCAACUUUCAUGGCCGCGGGAAGCUCUGCUCCAGAGCUGUUUACAUCUGUCAUAGGUGUUUUUAUCGCCAAAGGAGACGUAGGAGUCGGAACCAUUGUUGGCUCUGCUGUAUUCAACAUCCUUUGUAUUAUUGGUGUGUGUGGGCUUUUUGCAGGACAGGUCGUUGCACUGUCAUCAUGGAGUCUCCUGAGAGAUGCAAGCUACUAUACACUGUCUGUUAUUGCACUCAUUGUGUUUAUAUAUGAUGAAAAAGUUUCUUGGUGGGAGUCCUUAGUCCUAGUACUGAUGUACUUCGUCUACAUCAUCAUCAUGAAGUUCAAUUCCUGCAUACAUCACUGUUUUGAAAGGAAGACAAAAAAUGCCACGAAUAUGGUGAAUGGACUAGCAAACAACACAGAAAUGGAUGAUAACAGCAAUUGCGAUGCUACAGUGGUAUUACUAAAGAAAGGUAACUGUUCCAGGAAUUUCCAUCGUAAAGCCUCAGUGAUUAUGGUGGAUGAGCUGCUCUCAGCCUAUCCACACCAGCUCUCCUUCUCUGAGGCUGGACUCCGGAUAAUGAUAACCAGCCACUUUCCUCCCAAAACCCGCCUCUCCAUGGCCAGCCGCAUGUUGAUCAAUGAGAGGCAAAGGCUGAUAAACAGCAGAGCCUACACCAAUGGGGAAUCAGAAGUGGCUAUCAAAAUUCCUAUCAAGCACGUCAUUGAGAAUGGCACAGGCCCCAGCAACUCUGCUGAGCGGGGAGUGAAUGGGACCCGGAGAGAUGAGGAUGUAGCUGAGGCUGGGAACGAGACAGAGAAUGAGAAUGAGGACAAUGAGAACAAUGAGAACGAUGAGGAGGAAGAGGAAGAGGAUGAUGAUGAUGAUGACAAUGAUGGACCUUACACUCCUUUUGACCCACCAUCUGGCAAAGUUGAAAUCCUGAAGUGGCUGUUCACCUGGCCACUGUGUUUUCUGCUGUAUUUCACCGUGCCCAACUGCAACAAGCCCCACCUGGAGAAAUGGUUCAUGAUUACCUUUGCUUCCUCCACCCUCUGGAUCGCAGCCUUUUCCUAUGUGAUGGUGUGGAUGGUGACAAUAAUUGGCUACACACUGGGUAUUCCAGAUGUGAUCAUGGGGAUCACGUUCCUGGCAGCUGGAACCAGCGUGCCAGACUGUAUGGCAAGCCUUAUAGUAGCCAGACAAGGGAUGGGUGAUAUGGCAGUGUCGAACUCCAUUGGAAGCAAUGUUUUUGACAUUUUAAUUGGCCUGGGCCUCCCCUGGGCUCUGCAAACCCUGGCGCUGAAUUAUGGUUCAUAUAUCCGGUUAAACAGCAGAGGACUUAUUUAUUCUGUUGGCUUGCUGCUGGCUUCUGUUUUUGUCACAGUGUUUGGUGUCCACAUGAACAAAUGGAAGUUGGAUAAAAAGCUGGGGUGUGUGUGCCUUUUCCUAUAUGGCAUCUUCCUCUGUUUCUCCAUCAUGACAGAAUUCAACGUUUUCACGUUUGUGAACUUGCCAAUGUGCAGAGAUCACUGAUCCAGGUGGCAGACUUUCGAGGGGGGACUUCCUUCUUACCUGUGCAAUAUAAAACACGGCUGGCAUCUCCAGAAUGUGGUGCGCCUCACGGUCGUGAAGUAGAUCCUACUCACUGUUCAUAGGACUCUUCUCCCCGCCUCAGUUUUCCCAUUCCCCAGCCCCAAAACCUGGAAAAAUCCUGCAUCGAUGUGAAGAUUUUUUUUUCAGCAUUCAUGUGAUUUCCAAGCUCAGUUUUUGAACAGUGACUGGGAUUCUAAAAGAACUGGCUGCUAACUGGCAUUGAGCCAGGCAAAACUGGUCUGCUACAAUUCCUUCUUUUUUAAGUUAUUUGAUGGAAGACUAAUCUAAUUUAUGACUUAAGACUAUUGCUAGAAUACAGAAGAAGAGGGUACAUUGUAUACGGGGUGUUUUUCAAGGAGAAUUGUGGGAAUUUGGGGGUAUUUUUUUUUCAGAGAUCAAAAGCCUCUCAUGCAGCUUCUCCUUCUGAGUGCUGGGUUUCAUGUAAUGAUCCAAAGGUCAUGAGAGCAGUGUGUUAUGGGAACUCAAUUCAAGGUACUUGGCAUAGGAGUGGAUUUCCUGCUUAUUAAAGGGGAUGAUUGGUGAAGCAAUGGAUAAUGACUUGCUGCCAUAAACAAUGACUCUCCUAAAGGUGUUAUGAGGAAUGCGAGAUGAACAUGGAUUCAAAGGGUAAACACUGCUACUGUUUUCAUUAUUAAUGUCAAGAAUUUUAUUGCUAGGUUACUUAUAGGAUUUCCAAGCAAUAGUUUAGGACUGCCAGCCCAGGAGGGCUAUCAAGGUGGGUGUCCUGGUUUUAAUUAUCUAUCCGUUGAAAUGCCAGGUCAGAUGCUUCAGAAGAUCAUCUGACUGCUUGUAUUUUUGGGAGCGGGUUCUGUAGUUUUAUGUCUUGCUCAUUUUGAGAGGGACAUAAGCACAUGUCAGAAAUUUUCAAAAAGAGUACUAGACACUGGUUUCUGUAAAAGGAAAGAGGCAUAUUUUGCACAGACAUUGUUACUGAAGUCAUAAUUUGCCACUCUAAAAAAUACACUGGACCUGGCCAGAUAUUUUUCUUUUUUCUUUUUCCUUCUUUUCACUGUUGAGCUUGUCUGAUAUCAAAUCAUUGUGGAUUUAUUCCACCUCUUACCAGAGGAGGAGGAGGAAGAGGAGGAGGUGGAGAGAGAGAGAGAGGGAAAGAGAGGGAGAUGGAACUGUUCAAAUAUAGGCUAUCUUUAAGGCAGACUCACUUACAGAUCUGUUAUUGCAAAAGUUUAGCCAUUCAUUGUUCUAAUAUCCCUGCUAGGUUUUGUAUGAUGCUACAUUAAUAUGCAGACAGAUUCCAUUACCACAUUUGUCUGUCUUGAAACUGUGGAUUCCUACCAGUGCUGGCUGUUUUAUUUACAUGCUGAUUGCUUCCAGUCCAUUUGGUAUGGUUUUUCCUCUUCCUUGCAUACAUUCUACUAUGAACAUAAUAAGAUAUUACCAGAUAGGUGAAUGUGUAUGUCUAUGGUACAACCAACAGCAAAUAUUGCUAGGAAGUACGCUAGAAGCCAUAAAGCAAAAAAGAAAUCUAAACCAUAGCAGAAAAAAGUGGUUCACAGAAUGAAAACCAGUCACACUUCUGCAGUUAAUUAUUUAAGAUUCAUUUUCUUUGGACAAAUAAUAUAAAAUAAAGGUUUCCAACUGGCAAUCUCUAUUCAGCAUGGCAUGUUACUUUCUGUCCUUCCUACAUGGAACAAGUGAAAACCAUUGACAGCCAUUGCACUGUUCCUGUUCAUCUGAUGAGCCCAGCCAAAAGCAGGUGCUCUGUAAAAUCCUAUGUAAAAAAGCAUCCUGGUGGGUCCCUGGCAGGAAGCAGGUGUGAAGGCAAGGAACAGUGUGGUUAUAGGGUAAGGCAAAGAGGGAGGUUAGUUUUUACAUGCACAUUGUCCUUUUUUCUUCAGGAAUAUAAUUGUGAUCGCACCUGUUUAGCUAUGCAGCCUCUUGUCAGAACAUCAUUCUACACUAUAUUACAAUCCCAUUAAACUAGCAAUCCCCAUUGUCCAUUCUUAGCAUUGUUUUUGUUAAUUGUUAUAACAAGAAGAACUAAAACAUCUAAAGAAAUUCUAUAAAUUGAACAUUAUUAGCAUGAUGCAAUGCACUUCAAUAAAAUUCACUCUUCAGCACACAGUUAUAACCUUAUAACAAGAUACCAUAGCCCCUAAACUGUAUGUUUCUUUGCUUACAGAAGGAACAAUAUUUGAAAAUAAAAGAUGUUGCACAGCAGGACCUAUUAUUACUUCUAUUUUGAAUACCGUAUUUAUACGGCUGCUCCAAUGGAGCCAGUUGGAUCUAUUUCUACGAAAUAGCCAUUAUCUUUCCCAUGGCACAAAAACUGCAUGACUAUUUUUUUAGGAACUUUUCCUAUUGGCGUGCAUUAAAGACUGUAGUAUCAUAGCUUUGCAUUGUGUGUGUAACCUGAAAUACUUUGUUUUGAAAUCUGUGCGUUUUGCAAGCAUAUACUGCAAGUUACUUGUUCCAAGUGUAAGCAAAGAGGUAACUUCACUAUACCGGCCUGCUCCUAGUUGCACCAUACAAGAUGUGAUAGAACACUUUUUUGUGGCAACCAUUUAAGUGAGAUGUGCUUAUGAUCUGGAACCAAAUCAGCUCGUAUGUCCUUGAUUUGGAAUAAUGUACCAGUUAAGUAUAUAGUCUCACUUGAUUUUAAGAGACAGAGCCUUUCAGACUCUUUGGCUUAAUUAAAGUCCAUGGAAAAAUCUCCAGGGCAAAACUGUAAGCAUUUUUCUGUGCCAAAUUUAUGCUUGGGUCACUUCUCCUGGAUGAUCUCCCUAAGACAUAAAUCAACAAGAUCAUAUCAAUGCACAUCCCAAUUCAGUGAGUAUUCUCGGCUUUUAGUCUAAAUUUCCUUCCAGAUAAUCAUAGCUGUUUAUGAACUUUUCAAAGAGAGCUUUAAAGAACCUUUUCUGUAGUAGAGAGCAUUUCAUUGCAGCUCUGUCUUGCUCUGACUUUGUUUAGGCUGUCAUCAAAUAUCUGAUCCCAUGUUAGUUUCAACUCCAUUUGGCAUGUGGUUGGCUGUUCCUUGGCAAUGGGUAGAUGCCAAAAUGUUAUGACAUGAGGUACUAAGAUGCUGAAAAGAUUGCUUUUGCCCUGCCAAAGUAGAUUCCUCCACAUUUUUUAGAGCUAAUGCACUUUUUGUAGAUACAUAUACCUACACAGAGAAUAUCUAACAUGGGGUAGGGACUUGCAUUAGUGUGAGUCAAGGGUUUUCUGUUUUGCUUGGUUGCUUUGUGUUCGACUUUGUAUCCUGAGCUGGGUCACUGAAGUUGAUCCAUUUGCAUGCAUUGGAUUUGUGAUUUUUGUGCCUGUAAAACAGAAAAGUUGUGCUACUUUUAAGCAUGCAAACGCCAAACAAUGUUUUUUAAAUGUUAAAUCAGAAUAGACAGCAACUUUUGCGUAGGGACACCACAUUUAAUGUUGGUGUUAUAACCUUAAUGUAAAGCAACAGUAGCAAAAUUUUUAAUGCCUUUUCCUAGUAAGUUAAAGUGAAGAGCAAAUAUACUUAGAUACUUUUUUAAAAACCGUAACUUUCUGACUACUGUCAGGUAUUUCUUUUUACUGAUUUUCUUUCCUGAAGACACAAUCUUUUAAAAUUAAAUAUAGAGACAUAUCAAGCAUGCUAUCAUGUUAGGCCUUGUCUAUCUUCAAAAUAACAGCAAUUUAAAUUGGUUUAGAGAAUGAUACAGUUCAGCCAGUCUACAUGGACACUCUUAAUUGGAUUUAAAUCUGCCUUAUCUUGGUGAUGCUAUGUUUCCUCAGAAAUUGGCUUAAGGUAAAUCAAUGUAAAACAAUUUGAACUCUAAUUGAGAGUGUCCACUAAGGCUGUUACACCAGCGUAACUGAACCCAUUUAAAAUCGUCCUUUUAGAUAAAGUGGUGCCAGUGUGAAUAUAGACAAGGUCUCAGCAACUUGCUUCAGAAAGAAGAAAUUAUGCCUUGUAAUACACAUUAUUUAGAAGGCUGUAUGAACACAUUGGGUGUACUGUGAGUCACAAAGAUGAAGGAGGAGUGUCUCCAGCAUCCAGAGACUAUAAAUGAAACCUUAGUUCUAUUCAAUAGAACUUUGGGUCUACUGAAAUCAGUGACAAAACUCCCACCAACUUCACUAGGGUCAAGAUUUCACCCUAUAGAUCUUCCCUGAAGCACAUCCUAACAGGCGCUGUCAAUCCUAAGAAUAGGUUUUUAAAAAUAUGGAAAAGGAUAUCAGACAUAGAACUCCUCUACCCGUCUUCACCCAAACCAAAUUCGCAAAAAUAUGUUUAUGAAUACAGCCAGGCACAAAUAAUGAGAUCACACAUCAGCGUAUGUAUAUCAAAGUAUAUAUGUGCGUGUACACAGAGAGAGAGAAAGUGCACCAAAGGAGCGUGCUUCACAAGUGUAUCCACAUCAACCCAAGCUAUGCUGACUCCCUGGAUGGACACUAAGAAGUUCUUAAGUCUCCAAGAUGAGAUCUCAACUGUGGCCAAAUUCAUGCCUUAAGGGGACAGACAAAGCAAGGCAACCAUGGAAGAAAAAUGUCUGUUUUUUGUUUGAUUGCACACUAAGUGAUAUGACUGGUAGCAUUUGGCUGUAACAUCCAACCUGAGCCACUUCCUUUUCUACUGAGUGGUGCUUGAAUGAAAUAAAUCAACAAAGCAGAUUUUA